ACACACACACACACACACACACACACACACACACACAGGCAAACCCUCACAUGGCUCCCCAUCUCGCACGCCUCAUCCUCCUCCUCUUCCUCAUCUUCCCCAGACUCUCAGCAGUGAGGCAUGUGUCUGUGCAGACAGGAGGCUCGAUCACCUUCCCAUGUCGCUAUGUUCUGAAUCACAUCAACCAUGUGAAAUACUGGUGUAAAGGGUUAGGUUGGGAUGUAUGUUCGUAUGUAGUACGUACUGACCAUCCUAAGAGCAGUGGUAAGACCUCAAUAUCUGAUGACAUCAACAAGAGAAUCUUCACCGUGACCAUGACUGACCUGGCGUCAUGCGACUAUGGGAAUUACAGGUGUGUUGUGGAGAUCAAUAGAGGACCAGAUUUCAUGAUACAAUGGUUCUACCUGUCUGUCACUCCAGCAACCCAAGAUCCAACCCCUCAACAACCCUCUGCCUCUCCAACUGCUGAGCCUGUUCAGACUGACAACACAAGUCAAGGAGCUGAGGGGAACAUGGAGGAAGUCCACCAGAGGUCCGUGAAAGUCCUACUCAUCUCUCUGGGCAUGUUGGUGGUGGUGACAGCUGGUAUCCUAGUAACAUGGAAGAUGUGGAGAAGGCAUAAGGACAAUAAGGCCAAGGACCAGACAACUAACAACUCAGUGUCUGCUGGCCCUGAGCAGGACAUUACAUACAGCACAGUGACCCACACCAGAGAAACAGCACAGCAGGAUCCAUUUCCUGAAGCUGAUGAUGAUGUCACAUACAGCACUGUCAUCCCCCAGCACAAGACCCAACUAAAAGGACAGACCAAGUCAGCAGAACCAGAUGAUAAUGUGGUCUACAGCUCACUAGCUCUACAGGUGACCACACAGCAGAGGGCAGCAGCACAGCAGUAACUGACAGAGAAGACCUUUGUCUCGUCAUUUUACUGGAAGGACAGAACACUCCCUUCUCCUGUGUCACAACAUCUAUCUGCCUCCAAUAUGAUUCUGUCAUACCUCUUAACCCAUCCCAGGAAGACACCUCUAUCCUUUAGUGUAAUAAACUACUGAAGACAGUC